AUGGAUGUGGACUCGAGAUCAAUCUACAGUAAAAGAGAAAUAGGUGAAAAGAUCGCUCAGUACUUAGCUGAGCAAGGUUUACAAGGGAGAGAUGGAAAAGGUGUUGAAACCCAGAUCCGUACUCUUGAAGGAAGUUUCACCAUUGCUCACGACUUUUGUAAUGGGACUGGGCAAGGUAUUUUGGCUGAUUUCGAGCAAGAAGCACCAGACGAGAAAGUUAAGAUGGGCUAUUUAGAUGACAGCGAUGAGUGGAAGGCAGUACAGCAUUCACUCAAAUCCAAGUUUGAACAGCUUGUGUUACAAAGAUGCUUAUACUACUACGACCUCAUAGGGUUUAUGUCAACUCGAACUAAUGUCAUACCUCAAGAUGUACGUGAAAGUGGGCAAGAUCUAGAUGAAGCCAGUGUUCUCCCUUCUACCAAGCGCGCACGCAACCAAUCUCCAAACACCAAUGUAUCCAAAAGCCAGGAAAUCAAUUCGACUCAAUGGGAAAGUCCGCUUGACCCAGACGAUCCUUUGGAAAACAGCUUCAGCUUUCUUUGCGAAUCCCACGACCGGGAAACUUCACCUACUCCAAACAGCUUAAGCGAGAAAGAGAGCGCUCGCCGCCCACCUGGACGACCACCCAAGCGAUCAAAUACACAUAACAUCAAUAAUCAACUAUCAAGGUCAGCCUCCAGCUCCGCCUCGGAUGUCAACAAUCUACUAGCAGCCCAGCUACCCUCAUGUGACAAAAGAGCCAAGAGAAACAAAAUGGAGAAAGAUCGUUGGAAUUUUGAGGAAAAAUUCAUGAAGGCUGAGCAAGAGGCACGAAAAGAAGAGAUUAAAACUCAGGCCAAGCUCGCUGAAGCAGUUUCUCGUCAUCUUUCGGGUGGAGAUGAAGUUUUAGAUUCGAAAGAACGUGCCGAACGAUCUCAAAUUAAACUUGAGCAAGAUCGAGUUCAACUUGAACUCACACAAUCCCAGUUGGCUCGCAGUUGUGAAGACCUCAUCACGGCAAGGAGUGAACGACAUCUGGCUAUGUUAGGCAAGUACAGGGCUUUGGGUUUUUCCCUUGAGGAAGCAAAAAAGGAAGUGGAAGAGGCUGAAAAACGAUUUCAAAAUGUAUGA